AUGGAGUCAGAGGGUGAUGGAGUCAGAGGGCGAUGGUGUCAGAGGGCGAUGGAGUCAGAGGGCGAUGGAGUCAGAGGGCGAUGGUGUCAGAGGGCGAUGGAGUCAGAGGGCGAUGUGUCAGAGGGCGAUGGAGUCAGAGGGCGAUGGAGUCAGAGGGCGAUGGUGUCAGAGGGCGAUGGUGUCAGAGGGCGAUGGAGUCAGAGGGCGAUGGAGUCAGAGGGCGAUGGAGUCAGAGGGCGAUGGAGUCAGAGGGCGAUGGAGUCAGAGGGCGAUGGAGUCAGAGGGCGAUGGAGUCAGAGGGCGAUAGUGUCAGAGGGCGAUGGAGUCAGAGGGUGA